GCCUUUCCCAUUCUUUCUCCUAGCAAGAGAAGCACAUAACACCCUACAUUUCCCAAUGCCCGCUCCUACAACUACGUUUGAGAUCAUAUUCUCCGAGCAAGCAAAUCACAAUUUCUCCAAAACACUAGGGGAGCUCAAACGAUCGACUCUUUCCAUUCGAAACCGCCUCGAGUCCAUUUUGCACGAUGCAGCCUUCGCUCGCCGAGUCGCAGAAGCUUAUGGCAGACCAUUGAUUGCAAAUGAAAGAUGUGGAAGCUGGUACAUUAGCCCCGAAUCGAAAGGAGGGAGUGCAUAUUUCAAGAGUACAGACGGGCAUACUGGUGUUUGGAAGUUUAGUUCGAGAAGGCUGAACUUGCACCUGUUGGAGAUCAUUGGAAAGAAUGAUGGUUGUAUCAUUAUUGAUUCUACAAGACGUGGCAAAAGAAUGCCCGAUGCUCUCAGCAAAACCAUUCCAAUAUGGUGCAGUGUACUCAAUCGAGUGCUUUUCCCAAAUAAAACCCAGCUUCAUAAUCUCUAUACCCCUCCACAAGUCGUCUCACAGUCCGAGCAUGCACAAAUGACAGCACUCCUUCCAUCUUUCGCGGAUGCCUUACGAGCACUCAAGAUAUCUCUCGACGAACUUCGAUCGCAUAUUACGAAGCCUCUGCGACCAAUGUGGGUAACCCCCGAAUCUAAUGUCGAGCCAACAUCCUCAGUAUUUGAAGAAUUUCAUCCCAUAAUCUGCUGUACAGUGUCAAGGAUGGUCCCGGGAGGAGAGCUCAGUGAAGGUGGAUAUAUCCAAGGUGCGGGAGACGACACAGAGAACUGGGCACAUGGGCUCACCCCACCUGUCUUCUGGAGGCACAAAGAGAUAAUUCUAGCGAUAUCUGACUAUGAAAUGCCAGAGCUGAUUGAGUCGCUGGUUGAAAAAGACAAGCAUGCUGGUCUCGAUGGUCCGUUGAUACGGCUUGUCAAACCUACCUCGAUACUCUUCGUGGCACCUACGAACUCGAUAGACGGGAGAAAUUCAGAUGAAGAUAUCUGCACAAUCAAUCUGCUACCCCAGACUACAGAUCAAAGCACAUGGCAGACCUCCUCAGCUCGCAUAGAUGUUGGGCUUGGUCCUCAUAAACUCGGCAGUCGGAAUCUCAGGACGUCUCUGCCAUUUAUCAUUGGAUUUGUUGAGAAGGCAUUGGCUCGCAGCAAGUCUGAUGAGACACAUGCCGCACUCAAAAUCAUCGUUGCCUGCGAAAGUGGCAAAGACUUAUCCGUCGGUGUUGCACUCGCCAUUUCUUGUCUGUUCUUCGAUGACAAUGGUCUCCAGUUGGAAGACAGGGGCAAAGCAUCGAGGAUUGACAAGAACUUUAUAAGGAGCCGAUUGGGAUGGUGUUCUACAUCAAUGCCGGAUGCGAAUCCAAACAGAGCAACGGUCCAAAGUGUCAAUAGCUUUCUCAUGGACCGAUCCCUGUGUGAAAGAAUUAGAAGCAAAAGAGUUUUUCUAGACCUGGGGACGACCUGAAGGCUUCACAAUGUCGAUGAAUCAGACCAGCCUUCUAAUCGUCGCACCAUCCCAGCAAUCCUACCCAGCGCCAUCAUGACACUGAUGUUCCACACCUAAAAUUUCUUUGGGGUCGGGUGCGCUACUGGUAUGUGCGGGGUAAAUUUCAGGCCGUCUCCUGACCCCGCACUUAACCGGAACCACUGUAUUUCUAAGAUCCCUGGGCUCUCCUCAGGCACCAUCCCCCUGUAAAUUGGGCUCUGGUCGUCACGAUAUGAAAUGAUUCGGUCUGUGCAUCGAGUUGUUUUAUCUUAACAUGAUGUAUCCAAGCAAGGAAUAAUCUUUACAAGCUCAUCUACGUUUUCAUUUAGAACAAAGGUCAACCACAACACCAAAUCAUUCACUGACUGCAAAACGACUUCUUGCUCGGAGAUUCUGACCCCAAUGCCACAGCACGAACACACCAGCAAUACACCCAACACACAAACCACCUAAAAUACUCGUACCUCGCCCAACUCCCAGAUCAUGAUAUAACGGUUCACUCCACAAUACCGCCGCUAGCGCCAAAACGGCACGACAAAAUGUAUUUGCUGCGAACAAGCUGGACACAUAUGCAGGGUAGGCAAGAGCGAUGUAAACAAAGACACUCUGGAUGAUGAUGCAAAACGCUCCACUGGCCAGAAAUACCCCAGUAGUCGGUACAAUCCAAUGGAUCCCAGGAUUCGACGCCCAGGCAAAGAGAAACAGUCCAGUUGGCAUGAAGAAACACGCCACCAAAGCCGGCAACAAUUUUGUCUCCGGUUGGAUCUUCCUCCCCUCCUUCGUUGCUUUAUCGACAACGAAAUGGAUGAAACCCAGAUAUGGCACACCGGCAACGACCACAGCAGCCAAAACAGCCAAGUAAAUGAGACCCAUCUCCCCAGAGUUCAUCCCGUACAUAUUCUUGUAUAUUUCCCUCCGGGGGCCACUGCCGUGGAGGCCGAGUAGGUAGAAUUUAUUACUCUCACUUCGAUGCCGGACAUUUCAAAGACCUCGAAGAAGGAAUAGAAGAUACAAUAGACCAGCCCGCAGUACAAGCUUGUGAACAAUACGGAAGGAUCAAGGCCAUUGAUUUUCCAGGGGAUGAAGAGCGAGUUCUUCACCGUCAGCGAUGUGGAGAUGUGUUGGGAAUCGAUCUCAGACUGCGAACGACAUGAUUCAUUUCCGGUCAGAGUUCGGAGACGGUGUGCACGGCGGUACAAUAUCGUAGCUGCCGAAGUUUCAGGAACAAAUAUCUGCAGUCUAUCAGCACAGAGCAUUCAUUUCCAGUGCAAAAGGAUUUCACUUACCAUUGAAAAGAAUGAUGACCCAACACUCCAUACAACCUCCCACAUUGACCACCGCCAUCCUUUAACAGGAACACUGAAUCCCGCAAUAAUUGGUCCUAGCGAAGGUCCAGCCAGCGGACAGAACGCAUACACAUACAACAUGAACGGCAACCAAAGCGGCGCCGUGAUGUCCCCAAUCGUCCCUCCCGCAAUAUACAAUGCUGGCGCACCAAAGAAGCCUUGUAAGAAUCGCAGCACCAUGAACUCGUUUACAUUGUUCGUCAGAGCGGUCGGAAUUGACAGGACCAGGAACAGUAAUUUUGUCACGAAAUACACGGAACUCCUCCCAAUUGCUGGGAUCUCAGACAGUGGGCCGAAGUGCAGAGGGCCGAUUCCGUAGCCUAGAACGAAGAUUCCGAGGCCGAGCGAGGAGACCGUCACGGAUAUGUUCCAGAUAUGUAUCAAUUCUGGUGCAGCUGGUGUGCAAAUGGAGGAUGCCAUGUAAAUGGCGCAGGCAUAGUAGUUUAUUGAGGCGUGGACUCAGGCUUUCUUUCCAAGAGACCAGUUUGAUGGAUUGGCGGGAUCGUCGUUGAAGUACCAGGAAACCAAGGUAUACUUGUCUGGUGCUUGGGUCGAUGGAUUGCUCGUCUUGUUAUUCUCUUGGAAAGACGUCAGUUACAGCAUUGAGGACGUGAAGGGAGGAAUCUGAAGAUUACCAGUUGGAGAAUCUGAUUCCGAAACAUUUUCAGAUGACAGGCCACCUUCUUCAGCAGCUUUGAUAUACGGAUGCAAUAGCAAGAAAUCUGGAUGUUCCUCAGGGUAUCUGAACAAUCGAGCACCUGAGACCCAGCGCACUAUUGGCCCGAAAGGCGUGUCUCGAAUGAAGUCAGUGAAGGUAGCCAUAAUGAAUCCAAACGAAAGUACUUCAGACGAGCAUAGUGAAGGACGGGGAGUCCAUAUAUACCUAUAUAUGGAUCAGCAUGGUUUCUCACUGAGGAUUUUCUACUCUCCGUGGUCGUUAUCAAGCACAAGCAAAUUGCGCCCCUUGUACAAGUCAUGUUCCGCCUUAGAUUCCGACCUCACAGUCCCGAUCGAAUUCAUUGGUUCGGUAACGGCCUCUGAUGGUUGGCAGGCCUUAAUUAGCGCGUAAGCAAGUUGCUUCUUGGCAUUGUUCAAGAUAUUUGGAACAUUCGGAUUACCAAGCCGGCUGAAAUAUCGCCGAGACUCUAGAAGAGAAAAGGAUGCUAGUUGCGAAAUUGGAUUGGUUCGGCUCGUGAUAUUUUUUGGCUGCUGCGUUGUAAAUAUGAAGUGAUGACGUUGUGGGACUGAAAGCAAUUUGCGUGCUUGGCUUGGGUGGCGUUUCUCUAAGAGCAGUGACUUGCUUCACUUCAGUUCCCUUGCGUAUAAUUCGUUGCCAACUACAUGCAGAAUGUAUGAUGGCAUUCAUUUAACAUGGUGGUAGGCUGGAUCACGAAGGGUUUUAGUUCCAAAAGCAAUGUUAAUUUCAACUAUGGAUUGUCAUUCGCCUUGUUACUAUCAAUGCCACAGAAACUGUCAAUGA